CCCGAGUGAUUCCUUGACGCUGCGGGUUCCUCAGAAGUUGUCCCCAUCUGCCCACUUCUACUACCAGCAAAGCUACCUAUAACCCAUCAGCACCCACACUCAGAAAGAGCCCUGUACAUUUCACUAUCUGAACGUCACAAUGUCGUGCACAACUACAACCACUACCAGCACCAGUGCCGGCACGGUAAUCCUCGGCGCCGGCAUCAUCGGCGUUUCAACCGCCUACUAUCUCUCUCUUUCCUCUUCCCAGCCCUCCCCUUCGCCCUCAUCCGAAAUCCAUUUGGUCGACCCCUCCCCUUCCCUCUUCUGGUCCGCCUCCGGCUUCGCUGGUGGCUUUCUUGCCCGCAACUGGUUCGCUACCGAAGUCUCCUCGCUGGGCGCCCUCUCCUUCGCCGAGCACGCCCGUCUGGCCUCCGCCCACGACGGUCGACGCAACUGGUCUUAUGCCCCUUCUAUCUCGCUGGGAUACUCGGCCGUUGCCGUCGACAAGGGCGUCAAGAAACGAGGGGACGAUUGGUUGCGCAGCGGGACAAGCCGGGCGGAGGCGGCGCUUGGAGACAAGGAAAAGGUGCCGGUGGUGAGUAUAGAGGAUCUGAAGGAGAAGACGCCAGCUUGGUUGAGGAGGCGGGAGGGGGAUGAUGUGGAGAUUAUUGGCGGGGAGGGGGACACGGCGCAGUUGGAGCCGGAGAGGCUUUGUCGGUUUUUGUUGGGGGAGGCGGAGGGGAGGGGGGUGAAGGUUUCAAAGGGGACGGAGGCGGUGGAGGUGUUGAGAGAUGGUGAGGGGGUGAUUAGGGGUGUGCAAUUGAAGGAUGUUAUGACGGGGGAGGAGAGGGAGGUUGAGUGUUCGAGGAUCAUCAUCACGGCGGGGUGCUGGAGCGGGCAGGUGUGGGAGAAGCUAUUUGGGGCUACUUCGGAGACGGUCAAGAGGUUGCCAGUGACGAGCCUGGCGGGCCAUUCGCUGGUUGUCAAGAGCCCGAGAUGGACAGGUGCUGUGGAUGGGGAAGGAUGCCAUGCGGUUUACACGAGCCAUGCCGCUUUUUCCCCGGAGAUUUUUUCAAGGGUGGACGGGCAGAUCUACUUUGCGGGUUUGAACUCGGCGGCGGUGCCGCUGCCGAGCGUAGCGGAGGGUUCGACGGUGCAAACCGGGUCUAUAGAGUUGGUCAAGCAGGCGGCUAGGGAACUGCUGGGGUCAGGGGAUGAUGGAGAGGACGAUCUAGAGGUGGUGAGAGAGGGCUUGUGCUUUCGGCCGGUGACGCCGUGGGGACUGCCUAUUGUUGCGAGGGUGCCGGAUGAGCACCUCGGAGGCGGAAUUCGGACGAAGCCCGGCGCGGAGGGAGGAGUGUUCCUGGCAACCGGCCAUGGGCCGUGGGGGAUCAGCAUGAGCUUGGGCACAGGCAUUGUGAUGAGUGAGUUAGUCCAGGGACGGCCGCUGAGCGCGGAUAUCAGUGCCUUGGCAUUUGACGACAAGGUUACUGGGAAGGCGGUCCAGGUCUGGCUGUGAUGGAUAGCUUCGAAGAUGGUCAGUUCGCCGUCGGUUCCUUUAGACGGCUCCUUUCAGGCA